AAAUAAAAUAUUUUAUGUAAUCAAUAAUAAUUUAAAAAUUAAAAAAAUUAUUUUAUUCCUCCCUUAGCUCGCGUGCGGCAGCUGCUCCCUCGAGCCUUCCUCUGGACUCAGCUCGACAGCAAUGGCCUCCACGGCGACGGCGAGGCAAGCGCGGCGUUCUUCUCCCUCUUCGGUUAGACGGCGGCAUGAUGAUGUCGCCCAGUACGUCGGCGCGAGCCUUCCGCUCCUCCUCCCUUAUUCUACGGCUUAGUCUCCCUUUCCCUUUUGCUUCUGCUUCUUCGUUCAUGAAAGGAAAGGAAACCGUAUGGGUGUGAUGGCUGCGCAGCAAAACAGUGAAGAAGGGGGUUGGGGCUGCGCAGCAUUGAAGAGAAGGAAUGGAGGGGGAAGGGUAUGUCAAUUAAGGUAAUAGGGUUAAUUUUGUAAUUUCAAAUAAAAGUAAGGAUAGUAUAGUAAUUGAAACCCAAAUUAAAUCUAACACUAAUUAUAUAUAGAAGAUACUAUUUGUUCAUAAAUUUUAGAGGUAAUGACCAAUUCGGUACCCGAAAGAUUCAAACACUGACAUUUUGGUACCUAACUAUUGUUAUUGACAAAAAGGUACCUGAAUGAUUAAAAAUUUUGCCAAGUGCGUCCACGUGCUUGCCAGAACAUAGCUCCGGUGAGUACGAUGCCUACGUGGACGCCGGUUUUUGCUGACAAGAUUAAUUUUAUAUUAGAUGGAAUUUGUAAUUAAAAGUAUGCUUAUCCUACCUGGAAAUUAAGUUAACCUAAUUGAAAAUUGGUUUUGCCCCAAUUUAAUUUUGCCCUAAAACCCAAUUUUGCUCUCUUCGCUCACUCGUAGAGCACGAUUCCAAUCUGGAAGAUGCAAGCAGCUAGGGCUCGUGGAAAAGGUGGAACCGUGAGAAAGCACUCAUCCAUUCAAGCCAUCGACGUUGAUGGUGGUUCAGGUGUUGGUAGUAAAAUCUACGAUGGGUGUUGCUUUUGUCCCCUCCCGGUGGUUCCGUUGAAGUCGAAGACAAGUAGCAACCCUGAUAGAUGGUUUCUACGUUGCCCUAUGUGGAAGAACACACAAAGACGUUGUGGGUAUUUUCAAUUGUUGGAUGAAAUAGAAGAGCAAUGUGUGGAAGGAGAAGUUUCUUCGGAGAAUAGCAACAUGAUGGGCAUAGCAGACCCAAAGAAGAAAAGCAGAAUCAACCAGGAGGGUAGUGAUGGCCGGAAAAGGGAUAGGAUGAUGAUGGUACUUUCUGUGGUGAAUGACAUGAAGGAGUAGCUGAAGAGGGUUGAGUUGUUGUUGAUUGUUAUCUGUAUAUUGUUUGGGUUAAAUCUGGUUUUGAGUCUGCUUUGUUUGGCUAAGUAGGAAGACAAUGGUUAAAUUUAAGAAUUUAAUAAGAAAAUUUUGUUUCUUUGUAAUGUUCUCCUAAUUGUAAUUGAGAUGAAUUAAUGGAUGCCUUGUUAUUAGUAUUCUGUGACUGAGUUAUUGUUGCUGAAUUGUGAGUAAGCUAUAUAUAAGAUAGGUAAGCCAUUAAUGAAAAAAUUGCAUAAACAGAAGCUGUAUAAAACACCUUUUUCAUAGCAUAAAAUCAUAAUCCAUAAGUAUCAAGAGUAACAUACCUCAGACCCAAAAUAACACAAGACAGCCCCAAAAAAACCUAACAUGACAUAAUGACACUUAUGUUCAUAACAAGUACUACUAAAUCAGGUCUAACAUUGAACUAAAAACUCAACAUGCCAUAAUGGCAUUUAGGUGCAUAGUAUCUACAUCAGGUCCAACAUGGAACUAAUAACAAAAUGAAAACCCAAGAAAGUAAGGUCACUUCUUGUUGCUUGCUGAAGGCUUUGAUGCUUUUGGUCCAGAUUGCUUUUUCUUCUUCAAGGAUGGGGUGGGCAUGAAGCCUGUGAACCUGCUCUGUGUGGCUGGGCUCGCUGCUGCCAUGAUUUUUCUAGUCACACUUGGUGGCCUAGAUGUGGCUGAAUGUUGGGCUUGAAGAGUGGGCCUAACCAAAGGACCUUGUGGCAUUGACCCAGGCCCACUACUUGGUCCUGCAGUAUUGGUUGGUGUGGCU